GACUCAGGCUUCAGUCGCUGCCGGCUUUUGUCGCUGCAGUGUGGCAUGCAGAGGGACAGCAGCAGCAGCUCCCGGGACAUAUGAUCUCUUCCAGCUCUGCAGCAGCGACGAGGAUGAUCCAGCAACAGAUGGCAGUCUGAGAAGAUAACAAAUGGCUUCCACGGGGAGUGACCUCCGCAUUCAGGGGGAUGAUAACCUCCAGUCCAUGCUGGUGGGGACGGUGAUGAGGAAAAUCAAGUCUCGUACCUGGAAGAAGCAGCGAUACUUCAAGCUGCAGGAUGACUGCAUGACCAUCUGGUACAAAUCCAAGAAGGCUGGGAACACUCACUCGACAUUUUCUGUGAGUGAUGUUGAGGCGAUAAGAGAAGGCCACCAGAGUGAGAUACUGCUCAGCAUUGCAGAUGAAUUCCCGGCUGACCGAUGCUUUACGCUGGUCUUCCGAGGCCGCAGGGGCAACCUGGACCUGGUGGCCGAAUCAGCUGAGGAGGCACAAUCCUGGAUCAAGGGCAUAAGGAAGCUAAUUGAGAACCUUGAAAACAUGGGAGAAAGGGAGAAACUUGACCAAUGGAUUGGUGACUGGUUCAAGAAAGCAGACAAAGACAAUGAUGGCAGGAUGAACUUCAAAGAAGUGCGAGACCUGCUGAAGAUGAUGAACGUAGACAUGAAUGAGCACCAUGCUCAUCGUCUUUUCACAAUGGCUGAUAAGUCCCAGUCGGGUACCCUGGAGGAUGAAGAGUUUGUGCUGUUCUACAAAAUGUUGACCCAGCGAGAGGAUGUACUGAGGAUUUUUCAGGAGUACUCAGCUGAUGGCCAAAAGCUAUCCCAGAGGGACCUGGAGGACUUCCUGAGAGAGGAGCAGCUGGAGGUGGAUGAUACCCAAGAGCAUGCCAAGCAGCUCAUUGAGCGCUAUGAGCCCUCGGACACAGCCAAACUGCUGAAUGCUAUGACAUUUGAUGGCUUCUUGAUAUACCUGGGCUCAGCUGAGGGCUCCAUCUUCAACCCACAGCGGAAGGGUGUCUUUCAGGACAUGCGCCAACCGCUGUGCCAUUACUUCAUUUCCUCCUCCCACAACACCUACCUGAUGGAGGACCAGCUCCGUGGGCACAGUAGUGUGGAGGGAUACAUCAGGGCUCUGAGUCGUGGUUGCCGGUGUGUAGAAAUAGACUGCUGGGAUGGUGCAAAUGGAGAGCCCAUCGUCUAUCACGGACACACCUUCACCUCCAAGAUACUCUUCAAGGAUGUUGUCAAUGCGAUUGGCAACUACGCCUUCAAGGUAUCGGAAUAUCCAGUCAUCAUGUCCAUCGAGAACCACUGCAGCAUUGAGCAGCAGAGAGUCAUGGCCCAACACCUCAAUCUCAUUCUCGGUGACAAGCUACUGAAAACCACACUGGACGGCAAGGCCCCCAUCAGGCUGCCAUCUCCUGAGGAUCUUAAGGGGAAGAUUCUUCUGAAGGCAAAGAAAAUUGGCGGCCUAGAGGAGAGUGUGAACGGAAUUGCAGAGGAGUCUCUAACGGGGGAAGUCAGUGAUGAAGACGAAGCGGCUGAAAUAGACGAAGACAACCUACACCGCGAGAGUGUCCGUCACAGGGUUAAGAGGUCAAGGCAGCGUCUGUCCAAGGAGCUAUCGGACUGCGUUGUCUACUGCAAGAGUGUGCACUUUAUCAGCUUCAAGCACUCCCGCAUGCAUUCCAAGUUCUAUGAGGUGACGUCUUUUACUGAGUCUAAGGCCCGCAAACACCUGAGAGAGGCUGGGGCCGAGUUUGUGCACCACAACUCGCGACAGCUGACCAGGGUUUAUCCCACCGGCUUCCGAACUGACUCCUCCAAUUUUAAUCCUCAGGAAAUGUGGAACACUGGGUGCCAAAUCGUCGCACUGAACUUCCAGACAGCGGGAGAGGGCAUGGACUUGAACGACGGACUUUUCAAUCAGAACGGAUGCUGCGGCUACGUCCUGAAGCCCAGCUUCAUGAGAGAGGGAGAGAAAAGGUUUGACCCCGAGACGCCUCAAAAACUGGAUGACUACCAACCUGUUGUCCUCACCAUACAGGUCAUCAGUGGUCAGCAGCUGCCCAAAGUCAACAUCAAAGAGGAUUCUAUUGUGGAUCCUAUGGUCAGAGUGGAGAUUCAUGGGGUUCCUAUGGACCAAGCCAAGCAGGAGACCAGAUACAUUGAGAAUAACGGGUUCAACCCCAUAUGGUAUGACACUCUGCGCUUCACCAUCCACACUCCUGAGCUGGCCUUGGUGCGCUUUGUGGUGGAAGACUAUGACAAGACGUCUAAGAACGACUUUGUGGGGCAGUACACGCUCCCUCUUAGCUGCAUGCAGCAAGGUUAUCGUCACAUUCACCUUUUGUCCAAAGACGGAACCAGCAUUCCUCCUUCCUCGUUAUUCGUUCACAUCCGGAUCACAAAUGUAGAAUAAACGUUCUAAUCCUAAGAGACAAAGGUACCGGUUAAAGCAUCUUCUUAUUAUCUCAUUUAGUGACAAGAGUAGAGUUUUUCCUCACUCUAGAAAAUAUACUUCCAAAUAAUGCUUGAUAUUAGUAUUUGAUGUAAAUGAAUACAAUGCCAAAUCAUUAGUGGUAUUAGUUCGAACGAAUAUAUUAAAUCUGCUUGUUAUUGUCUGUUUUGUUUAGUUUACUGUACUGUAUGUAACUUGUUCCUGUGAAUGACUUGAACUUUGCUGCUCAUGUUUGUUGUAGGAUGCGUUUCUUCUGGAAUGUUUCGCUGUACAGGAGAAUGUGCCACCAUAUGUUUUAAUUGGGAUGCGCAGUCAACUUUUACUUUAGGAGCACUUUAUUAGGAAGGCGUAAUCUUAUGCAGUUUAGUCCUAGCUUAGCCUAGCCUAGCCUAGCCAUACUCAAUUCUCAUCCAAAAAAGGAACUGGUUGGUAACACUCUUUUGGAUGUCAUUUGGAUUUCACUAUGGGGUGUGUUUUAAAGCCUAGCAUAGCAUAGCCAGACUCAGUUCUUAUAAAAAAAAAAGUGUCUGGUCUGAGUCUUUUGAAUUUCAUUUGGGGUGUUUUAAAUAAGCCUAGCCUAGCCUAACCUAGCCUAGCCCACCCAGACUCAAUUCUUAUCAAAAAAGAAAAAGGGUUUGGUAACAUGGCAUUUGGAUUUGGUUGUAGUUGUUCUGGCUUUCAGGGUAUUGGGUUUUUCUGUCAAUAUACAAAUUUAAUUGUACCUAAUGCAAAUCCGAUACAUUCUGAAAAUCGACUUGUUUCUAAAACAAAAAUCCUACAAUUUAAUGAUUGAUUCUUUUAUCGACCAUACAAAUUCAGGGAUGAGUGCUUCGUUUCUUUGACGGUUUGGUUUUUAUCUUCUUGGAGAUUCUCAUUCCCUUCUUGUAGUUUUUAUGCAUUGCAACUCUGAAACAGCUGGAGGUUGAGCGUCAAGGGGCAUUAUGACACCUCCCAGUGUCAGUUUUCCGGGAUUAUGGUUGUCUUUCUGCGUUUUGUAUUGAAGCCUCAGGCUGAACAGGAAAUAUGUGAUUGUGGCCGAUUUGCUUGAAUUCCCAUCCAAAUUUCAAUUAACAGAGACAGGCUAAAAAUCCAUAUAGUUGUUUUCGUGUAUUUUGUGGUAUGUACAUAUUACCCAUUUGUGUAAAAUCGUUUUGAUAUGCCUUUUUUUGUAUACACAGAUGCGUUCAUAUGUACUGUACAGCAUAGCACGUUGUAGUGUUUAAAUCAUAAUUUGCUUGUUUGUUGCUGUUGUUUUUUUUUUUUAUUACCGUAGCUAAAUCGCAUAUUCACUUGCCACAUCCUGCUGCAAAUAAAUAUUAUUUUCACUUACAAA